GACCUUUCUUGCCACGGUUGUUAAGUGAAUCACUGCAGUUGUUUUUACCAAUUUUGUAAAAAUAAAAGGGGGUGUCACUACGCUCAAUUGUCUAAAUGCUUAAAGUUCUCCUCAUUUACAUUUUCACUGUCUCAUUAGUUGAAUUUUCAAAACUCUCUUCUUGAAUUCAUUUAAAAUCUUUUAGUGAGUUUAAUCCUGUGAUUCAGAGAUGUGGGGAACACCGCAAGAGAGGUUUGGAGAUUAUUUUCUAUAUUCCAAAGACUUGGAAAGAAUAAAUAAUGUUGCAGGUAAAAUAGGAGGGAGGCUUCGAAACGUCUAGAGAUACAGAAUUCUACCUUCAAAAUCCUGACAGGUUUGUUUUCUCUUUCAGCUCCAUCAAAAGGCAGGAGUCCGUAAAAACUCCCACCACUCCCAAAAUCACCACUUUCCCCUCAGUGCCCAUCACGUGUGACACAGUUCGAGGCAAAUGCCGAGAAAUGCUAACUUCAGCUCUCCAGACAGACAAUGACUAUGUGGCCAUUGGUGCUGACUGUGAGCAACUUGCUGGGCAGAUUGAAGAAU